GUGUGUAAAUAGUUCAUAGCCGUCUUGUCAACUCUACUUCACUGUGAUACUGUUUAUUUCUCAACAGUAUCGUGGAUUUUAGUACCUCAAGGGGUACGUCGAAUAGUUUGAGUUAUAAACUCAAUGCCCCAUUUUGAACUGCAAGUAAAUUUAUCAUUGUUUCCCGCUAAAUGUAAGCCAUAUCGUCCAGAUCUUCACUAUGGCAGGACCUCUGAGUCCCUUUGUGUAUUGGGCUCAAACAGAGGAUCAGAUAUCUCUUCGAGUGGCCCUUAUAAAUACAAAGAACCCCGAUAUAGCUCUUCACCCAACUAAAUUAACAUUCUCAGCUCAGGGUCAUGGUGCUAAAGGUGUUCAUGACUAUGCCUUUUCCUUAGAUUUCAAUCAAAAUUUAGAUCCUGAGGAAAGUUCUUUUAAGACUUCUGACCGAGAGGUACUUUUCACUCUUAAGAAAGUUAAGAAGAUGUGGUGGUCAAGGCUAACAGCAACACCACAGAAACCUGCUUGGCUCAAGAUUGACUUUGAGCGAUGGAAAUCUGAGGAUGGCGAUGAAGAAGAGGAAGCAAGAGACAUCAUCAAUGACUAUCCUGAUUUGUAUAAAAACCUUCAUAAAGAAGAACUUGGGUACAUCAAAGAAGACUACAAAAAAGUUUAUCUGCUCAUUUAUAAUCUGUUCCAAUUUGUAGGCUUCACAUUUGUAUUUACUGUUUUGAGCAUACAGUAUUUCAGAGAUGGACCAAAUGCCAUGUUACAUGCUUACGACUCUGUGGGUUCUGCUAUGAAAUUCGUUCAGUUGUUGCAAAUUCUGGAAAUUAUGCACGUUGUAUUUGGAUACACUAAAGGUGGUCUUUUAGCGCCCCUUAUUCAAACAUUGGGACGAGCAUUUAUUUUAUUUUGCAUGAUAGAUGCAGAACCCAGAAUGCAUUCCAAACCGGUUGUAUUCUAUCUUUUCAUGAUUUGGUCAUCAAUUGAAUUGAUCAGGUAUCCCUACUAUAUUUCACAACUCUACAAAAUAGAUGUCUAUCCUCUUACUUGGUUGCGUUACUCUAUCUGGAUACCACUUUAUCCUCUUGGAAUUUUGUGUGAAGGAGUUGUUAUUCUUAGAAAUAUCCCAUAUUUUGAAGAGACCAUGCAGUAUUCUGUUUCUCUUCCCAAUCCAUGGAACUUUGCAUUUCAUCUGCCUACCUUCCUAAAAAUUUAUUUGGCAUUUGUUUGUUUCCCUGUUAUGUACUUUCUUAUGAUGCAUAUGUACCGUGCUCGUUGCAAGAAACUUGGAAUUAAGAGUUGGAAAAAGUUCAAGUAAAAAAAGCCAACUUCUGUAAAAAUAUUUUAAAAAAACAAACAGUAAGAUGUUAGCGGCAAUGUCCAGAGCCCCGUCACACCUAAGAUUGCCUAGGCAAUGUUAGGUGGAUUCAGUAUGGCCUGACUUGAAACUGGCGCACCUAAUUGCCUGAAAAUUUGUUUGGAAAUCUGAGGUUGGUGAAAGGGCAACAAAUUUCCUGGCAAAAAUAGGUGGAUUCAACAUGGCCUGAAAUGAAACUGGCACACCUAACAUUGCCUAGGCAAUCUUAAGUGUGACGGGGCUCCGGACAUUGCCGCACACAUAAACAAGUUUCAAAAACAGGUAUAAAAAAAAAAGAACAUUUAAAAAGAAAAAGUAAAUUGUCCUCUUGUCUAUACCAGACCUACUAGAGCUCAAAAAAUAUUUUCUUUUCUAAUGUUCUAGCUUUCCUGAAAUGGAAUUGUGUCAAUAUUUUCUUUUUAAGUCCUAGCUUUACAUGAAUUUACUGUCACCUCAAAACAGUCCCAUUUUUAGAAUGUAUUAGCACCAUAUUUUCAUAGCAAUGUUUUAAGAAUGAACAACAAUUAAGUACUAGUUUUAAUUAACCUGAUGCCUAGUCCUACUGAAUCCAUUUCCAUAAUUUACAUCAAAAUAUUGCCUCUGCUAUUAUCUUUGAUACAGUUGAGACAGUUAAAAUAGUAGCUUAACUAGUUGAGAGGUGUAUUCCAAUGUUCGUAGUCAGAGAAAUCCUAUUAGAUAAUAAAAAUAUCAUCUGAAAGUA